AUGGACGUCGACAUCGGCGUCGCCGUGCCCCAGGCGCGGGGCAGGGGCGGCGCCGGGGAGGCCGCCUGGCCCCAUCGAGGCGCCGCGAGGCGCCGGGCGCCGUGGCGAUGCGGCCCGGGGAACAAGGUCAUCAGGACCUGCCCCGGAACGGCCGGGGGGGAGGUUGCGAAGGCGCAUGGCAGCGCAUGCGGGGCGGCGCCAGGCGGGCGCCAGGGGUCGCCUGCGGGCGCCGACGCCGUUGCAUCGGACAGCCAGCACUUCACUGGCAUAGCAACACCUACCAGCCCUCCCGAGUCUCUGCCUUCCAGGACUUCCCCUCUAGGAACAAUUUUGGCAUGCGCCAUCCUAAUUUCGAUAAGGAUGGGCAGGAUGGCAAGUGAAGAAGAACGGCUGGAUCGCAGGUCAAUGGAGGCAAGGUACAUGAAGGCGAUGGGGGCCAAUAAAGAGCUGGCCCAAUUGAGGAAGAAGUAUGAGGAACAGGAAGCCCAGAGGAAGGCAGAACUCACUGCCCAAAGAGUCAAGGAGGCCCAGAGGAAAGCAGAAGAGGCAGACAUUGAGCGCCAAGAGCGGGAGCGUCGAUACAAGGAAGAGCAGGAUCGGGAGGCUGCGAAAUUGAGGAGUAUCCAAGAAGCCAAAAGAAGGGAAUUUGAGGAAAAAGAACGUACAAUGCAAGAGGAACUGAACAAACGUGCAGAGACGGAGAAAAAGAUCAUUCAGGAAAUGGAGCUGAAGAAAAAGGAGGAAGCAGAGCGGCUUCGUAUCGAAGCUGAGAGGCAGGCCUUACUGGAGGAGCAAGAAAGGAAAAGAGCUGAAGCAGAUGAAAGAAGGAGACUGGAAGAGGAAGAGAGGAAGAGGAGGGACGAGAAAGCAGCUCUGGAACGGCUUAAGAAAAAAUUUGCAGUGCGGGCCGAGGGAUAUGUCAUCGUCCGCCCUGCUCCAGCUGGGGCUGUCACCGCAGGGCCAUUCAAGGACCCUGCCAAGGUGCAGAUGGAGGUGUCCAUGUCCACUGCUCUUGCUCCUGAAGCCCAAAUGCUGAUUUUGAACUGCACAUCACCUGAAGAUGCCCAACAGGAGUGUGGCGAAUUGGCUGGUACUGUGUCAAGAACCAUCUUUGACAGGUACAAGUCAGCCGUUCGCCUUCAGGCCAUGACGAGCUCUGGGGCCCUUGAACACAUGGACGAAAUUGAGCUUGAGCACUGGAUGAGGCGUGCAUCACUGAGAACUGAGGACACAGCCGCACACGGGCUGGCCAAAGCGCUGAAAAAGUUCAAGCAGGGGCAAGGCCAAGAGAUUCGGGACAAAUUUGAGGUUAGGACGGAGUGGGGUGUGCUUCCAGAAGGCAAUGAAAGCCGAACCGAUGCACUGUUGGCCAGUGGCAUUGGCAGGCUGAACGAAAGUGGGGGUGCCCUGGCAGUGAGGGAUCUGCUGAAGGAUAUGAUGGAAGAUGAGAAAGCCACCUUUUGCAAGGGCAUGAAGAGUGCUGAGUGCUCGUAUGCUUCAGAAGCAUGCACUCUGGCUCAAUUUACGGACAGAGCACUCCAGACCAGGGACCAAAACAUUGCCGAUGCAGCAGGAGAGAUUGUGCGUGCAAUGCUGCAGGGUCUGGCUAAGGGAGCCCCUAAGGACAGCUUGCUGCCGAUUUCGAAAAGCUUGAUCCGUGCAAUGGGCUCAGAUCAUCCCGUGGCAGCCCUGUUUUCCGUCAUUGCCGAAGCCAACUUGAGCACUACCGCACGGGCUGCGAUCAAGGAGCGUCAGCGGGCAGCUGAAGCUCGACUUGCAGCCCAGGUGCUGGAGGAGCAAUGGCCGGACAGAGAUGAAAUUGUGGCGGCAAGGGUGAAAGAAAGGGACGAAUCUACGCCAGUGCCUGAGCGAGUGUGGGCAUUGAGGAAUGUGGCCCGAACACUCUCAAUUGGGGCGCCCAGCGCUUCUGCGACGAGCCAGGCGACAGACCUGCUCACCAAGGCCGUAAAAUUGCAAGAGCAGCAUUUAGGAACCAGCAAACACCCAGGUAUGCUCCCGGUGCUCUACGAUCUCAGCACCGUCCUCUUGAAGGUGCCGGAGUCCCGCAGCGACGCCGCAGGGGUUGUGACCACGAUCCUUGAGAUUUUGAAGGAGCUUGGGGAGCGAUACCAGAGGCAGGCGGACAUGGCCUCUGCGGUCAUCUGCAUGGAGUCUGGUGUUCUGGAGGGCGAGAGGGUCCUGGGCGAGAGGCACCCCCUGCUGCGGAGCAUGAGCAGGACGGUGGAGAAGUGGUACAAGGCGUUGGAGCCGGCGGAAAGGGACAUGGUGUCUGCUUGCCGCAAAUCGGGCGAGGGGAUGACACGCGUGGCGGCAGCCUUUACACCCGAGCUUGGGGCGUACAGAAUUGCCGGCAAGGUGGACAGGAUCGAAGCGUGGAGCAAGAACGAGCGGCUGGAGCCCUUGUAG